GCUCGCUCUGUCUGGUCCCCUCCUCCCUUUGCCUGCUAAGCAAAACGCGAGGGAAAUUGUUAGCGCAUUUUGGCAGAAUUUUCUCCAUCAAAUCUUAUUCCGCAAGGCCAAAACGCGUCUCACACAAACCUCAACACCAAAGCCACCCACUUUACUGCGUUUUACGAGCCAGAUUAAGACAUGAGUAGAUUUGUGCGACAGUCGAAAGUCAGGCAUGUCCACGGAGACCAUGCGAAAAACGAUUCGUACGACAAUAUCCGAGUCUCGGAGAACACAUGGGAAUCGCCAUUCUGUGCUGUGAAUCCCAAGUUUGUUGCAAUAAGUCUUCAUGUAGCUGGCGGUGGGGCUUUCCUUGUUUUGCCUGUUACUCAGAAAGGGAGAGUAGAGCCUGAUGCACCUAAAGUGAUAGGACACAAAGGUGCUGUUCUGGACCUUGCAUGGAAUCCAUUUGAUGACCACAUGAUAGCCACUGGUUCGGAGGAUGCUCGGGUGAUGAUCUGGCAGAUCCCAGAACAUGGCUUACACAGCAACAUAAGUGAACCUCUUGUCACUCUGGAGUACCAUCAAAACAGAGUCGGCAUUGUGCGGUGGCACCCUGUGGCCAGCAACAUUCUCUUGAGUUCCAGUCAUGACCUCAAGAUUGUUAUCUGGAACCUGGAGACCGCCGAAGCAUUCCAGAUUAUUGAAAACCACACUGCCAUAGUUUACAGUGUAUCAUGGAACCGCGAUGGCAGUCUCUUCACCACUACCUCAAAGGACAAGAAACUUAGGCUAGUUGAUCCAAGAUCUGGAAAGAUCGUUAAGGAAGUGAAUGGCCAUGAGGGAGCUAAGCCACAGCAGGCAUGCUGGCUUACCAAAUUCAACUAUAUUUUCACUACUGGAUUUUCACGCAUGAGUGAACGUCAGUACGCCAUAUGGAAUGCGGAAACUCUGGAGCAGAUAGCCCUUGAAGAGAUUGAUUCCUCCAACGGUGUACAGUUCAUUCACUUUGAUGAAGACACCAACAUGGUCUAUCUCUGUGGCAAGGGUGACUGCCUCAUCAGGUACUAUGAGAUUGUUGAAGAUGCUCCUUACUGCUACUGGAUCUCCAACUACCAAGCUAAGCAGGCACAGAAGGGUAUCGGCUUCAUGCCUAAGCGAGGCUGCAACGUUGAUAUCAACGAGAUGUCACGGAUCUUCCGCCUAAUUAAGGGUAGCUGUGAGGUGGUCUCUUUCACCUGUCCUCGUAAGUCUGAGCUUUUCCAAGAUGACUUGUACCCAGACACAUUGAGCGAUGAACCUGCUCUCACCGCUGACGAAUGGCUUGAGGGCAAAAAUGCUGAGCCGAAUCGAAUGGGUUUGAAGCAGUUCUUCAAGACUGGUGGAAAAGGUGGCGCUGCAAAGAUGAAGAAAGCUGGGCUUGGGGGACUUGCCAAAGUUGGUGCUAAGAAGAAAGCUGAGGGUGGCAGUGACGAGGGAAUGGAUGCAGAGAAGCUUGUAGCCACAGUGAAGAAGCUGACAGAACAGGUUGCUAAGUUGGAUAAGCGCUGUUCUGUCCUUGAGAAUAAGAUUGUUGAGUGUGAAGCAACAAGAUGCAAAUGUUGUAAGGAGGAAGAGGAGGAGGAGGAGGAAGAGGAGGAGGAGAAUUGAGCUUAAACUCCUGGAUGCUUCAUAUUCUCCCCAAAUGAUGGUUAAAUUGAUUUUGCAUUGGGAUAUUAAUUAAACCUGGAUUUUUAUAGUUGUUCCAGAGUUUGUAUGAGCCACUGAAGUAAAUAGAAGCUUGGUGUGUGUUCUAGAACAGACACGCCCAUAGCUUAAGUAUAUAUAGCAACAUAACUAUUUUCAUAUUUGGAGUUGAUAGUUUAGUAAAUGAAGGAUAAUUGUGAGCCUUAAUUAUAAAUAAAUGAAACAGCAUUUUGUCUCA